AUAACACGAAAUAGCUGACGUACUGGUUGCCUGGAUGCCUUGUACGUUGUACGUGGAAUGAGGAAUGUGGAAAGGAAUGUCUGAUACCUAUAAAAUGAAUAAAUAAAGUAAAUGUAAAAUAGGACAGAAAAUACAUUGAGGUAUUAAACUCCAGGCCCCUUGUACUUAUAAAAAUUUUCAUUGAUAAGAUGGAACUGGAUUUCAAAAUAUUUACGCUGAAUUGCUGGGGAAUCCCAUUCAUUGCUAAAAAUUUACAAGAAAGAUUCGAAGCUAUUGGAAAUUUUUUAGUAGAAAAAGAUUAUGAUUGUGUUUGUCUACAAGAAGUGUGGACUUAUAAACAAUUUUCACAAAUCCAGUCCAAAAUUUCUAAGACACUGCCAUAUGGACAUUACUUUUUUAGUGGCUCAAUGGGUUCUGGCAUUUGUAUAUUUUCGAAGUACCCAAUAGUAGAUGUUUAUUUCCAUCAGUGGGCUGUGAAUGGUUACAUACAUAAAAUACACCAUGGUGAUUGGUUUGGUGGAAAAGGAGUUGGUCUUUGUAAAUUGCAAUUAGAUGAAUAUUUAGUCAACGUAUACACGGCUCAUUUACAUGCUGAAUACGAUCGAGAUAAUGAUGAAUACAAAGCUCAUCGUGUUAUUCAAGCUUAUGACACUGCUCAAUUCAUUCAGUUCACAAUGGGAGGUGCUGAUCUGGUGGUUCUUGCUGGAGACUUGAACACAGAGCCUGGUGAUUUGGCCUACAAAUUGCUUUGUACAAUUCCAAGUCUAACCGACUCCUUUUUGGCUGCUGGAAAUCAUGAUGAUAUGAAGUCAACAACAAAUGAAUCAAAAUGGAACUCUUACACCCCAUUGAAACUGAGGAGAAUGGAGACAUGUGGAAAACGUAUUGAUUAUAUUCUGUUUCACCCUGGAUCUAGAUUUAAAGUUCACCUUAACCGUUAUGAAAUGCCUCUUGAAAAAAGGGUACCUGAUAAACAUUUCAGUUAUUCUGAUCAUGAAGCAGUUGCAUCAGUAUUUCAUAUCAAUGGAGAUAUGGCAAAUGAUCUUAUAGAUAAUACUAUCGAUAAGAUUUCUGUCCUUGAACAGAGCAGGGAUAUUCUAAAUAAGGAACUGUGUAACUUGAAAUCUCGUAAAAGAUUUUAUUGGCUGUGUAGUCUUUUUCCUUUUUUUUUAUUUCUUGUAACAAUUUUUACAGAUGUUCCUUCCAAUUUUGCUAUACCAUACAACUUUUUAAGGAGUUUCCUUGCUAUUGUCACUGUAUUUUAUGUUGUUAUGGCAACAAUUUGGAAUAGUAUAGAAACAAGUGGUGUUGUUUCUAGUUUGUUAUCAAUGGACAUCAUUUUGAAAACAUUGAGAACAAGAAAUCAUUUGAAUAGUUGAUAUUCAAUGAUUAAUGGAAAGAUAGAAAAAAAUUAGCCUAAUUGAGAAGUAAAAAAAGUUGGAGGUUAAUCUCAUUUAGUAUAAUUUUUUUGCAUAAACAAACUUAAUAUUUGUUGCCAAAUAAAAAUAAUGGACCAAGAUUAUUGUUAUUCAAAUGUAUAAAUCAAAUGUAUUUAGUCAGUUUGUUAGAUUUAAUUAAACAGACAUUGUUGAAUUAUUAUAAUAGAAGACGAAUUAGAUAUGUGACUUUCAUUAAAUAAGAAAAACUGAAAUUAUAGAUAUUCAUGGUUGAGAAAUAUAUUUUUUCCUUAA